ACACGCAAAUCCUCGGCAGUCGGCUCUCACAUAUCUUCGAGCCCUAGAACGUCCCUGUACGUUUGGACGCGCGGCAUCUCUGAAGAUCGUGAAUACAUACGCAUAUACACACACAGAGAUCGAAGAUCGUGAGUAGCUGAGAUGGCGCAUAGACUGUUAAGAGAUUACGAGGCCGAUGGAUGGGAACGCUCGGAUUUCCCUAUAAUCUGCGAGUCGUGCCUCGGCGACAAUCCGUAUGUUCGAAUGACAAGAGCAGAUUAUGACAAAGAGUGUAAGAUAUGCACACGGCCAUUUACUGUUUUUAGGUGGAGGCCUGGUCGUGAUGCAAGAUUCAAGAAAACUGAGGUUUGCCAAACAUGUAGCAAGUUGAAAAAUGUUUGUCAAGUCUGUCUCUUGGAUCUUGAAUAUGGGUUACCAGUUCAGGUUCGAGAUACAACACUCAGUAUCAAUUCCAAUGAUGCCAUUCCGAAGAGUGAUGUCAACAGGGAAUAUUUUGCGGAGGAGCAUGACCGUAGGGCUAGAGCGGGUAUUGAUUACGAAUCAUCUUAUGGGAAGGUGCGGCCAAAUGACACUAUUUUGAAACUUCAAAGAACAACACCGUACUACAAAAGGAACCGAGCUCAUAUAUGCAGUUUUUAUGUUCGUGGUGAAUGCACAAGAGGGGCUGAAUGCCCCUAUAGACAUGAGAUGCCCAUGACGGGGGAGUUAUCGCAGCAAAAUAUAAAAGAUCGUUACUAUGGUGUUAAUGAUCCUGUAGCGCUGAAGCUGCUUGGCAAGGCUGGUGAAAUGCCUUCGCUGGAACCUCCGGAGGAUGAAAGCAUUAGGACUCUGUAUGUUGGUGGCCUUGAUGCAAGGAUCACUGAACAGGAUUUAAGGGAUAACUUUUACGCGCAUGGUGAAAUUGAAUCCGUAAAGAUAGUAAUUCAACGAGCAUGUGCGUUUGUGACCUACACAACCAGAGAAGGAGCAGAAAAGGCUGCAGAAGAGCUCUCUAACAAACUCGUAAUUAAGGGUUUGAGACUGAAGCUGAUGUGGGGUAAGCCUCAAGCAUUGAGAUCGGAGUCUGAAGGCUCAGAUGAAGCAAGGCACCAGGCAGCAUUGGCACAUGGAGGUAUGUUGCCUCGGGCAGUCAUAUCUCAACAGCAGAAUCAGUUGCAACCUGGGAACCAGGACCAGCUACCACCAAUGCCGUACUACAAUAUUCCUCCUCCACCCCAGCAGGAAAGAAACUUUUAUCCGUCGAUGGAUCCUCAAAGGAUGGGUGCGCUUGUUCCAUCUCAAGAUGGGGCUCCUAAUGGGCCUGCGGGGUCUGGUGAGAAUAAAUCUGGAUCUGAAAAGCAGCAACAGGCUCAGCAUUAUACUCAUCAAGCUAUGCCACCACCUCAUGGACAAUACCAUGGGCAACCUUAUCCGCCAUAUGGAUAUAUGAUGCCACCUCCGCCGCCGCUCUAUCAGCAGUACCCACCACAAUACCCCCCUACAAUGCCACCACAGCAGGGUGCACAUAUGACACAGCAGUAUCAGCAUUCUGGACCUCCAAGGGCUGUACCACCAGCGUCCACCGGGCCUUCAACAUCUGCAUCCACAGCGCCAGGGUCGACCCAACUUUGAUGAUCCGACCACUUGUUUCUGCUUUAAUUGUAUAAUAUUCUAUUUUUUGCAAUUUAACUCAGGUAACAUGUCUUGGAUUUUGGUUCUAUAUGCUUGUUUCUUGAACUCAUAAGGCUUUGCUCUUGUUCAACAUCUGUUGGUAUUGGUGCGCUUCGGUGCUCUUAUUAUAUAAUUGACCUGAAUAUUCAAGCUUUGCA